AGCUUCAGACCGGCCCGAGCCUAAAGAUACAAACAAGCUGCUUUUAACUUGGAAUGAGUUUGGUUUUCCCGGGUUAACACGGUAUUUACUAUCCUGCUGUUUCAUCCUGCCCGCUCGUGACUGCAGCAGACGGUUUACAGAUGUUGGUUCAUUCAUACUCUACCGCGGACCGGCAUGACGGUGUCUCGAGCCAUAGCUCGCGCCUGUCCCAGCUGGGCUCGCAUGCGGGACCCUACUCCAGCGCCCCGCCGCUGUCUCACGCGCCCUCCUCGGAUUUCCAGCCUCCGUACUUCCCUCCACCGUACCAGCCGCUCGCUCACUACCAGAGCCAGGACCCGUAUUCCCAUGUAAGCGACCCCUACUCCCUGAACUCCCUGCACCAGAGCCAGCAGGGCGCGUGGGGGGCUCGGCAGAGGCAGGAUGUGACGGGAGAUCGGAUGGAGGGCUCCGGUCUGCUGGCUCAGCCCCGGGCCUCGCUGCCGCAGCUAUCCGGGCUGGACCCUCGGCGGGACUACGGGAGCGUGAGGCGGCCUGAUGUGCUGCUGCACUCGGCUCACCCGGGACUGGACCACGGGAUGGGGGACGGACUGCUGCACGGGCUGCACGGCAUGGAGGACGUUCAGACAAUUGAUGACACAAAUGGAACAAACAUCCUGGAUCAAUCAGUCAUUAAGAAAGGACCACUCAUUCUGCCUCUUUCAGUCCCCAUGCCCCACAAGAACAUGGGCGCUCUGAUGCUGGGGAAGGACGGCCUGAUCGGUGGAGUGACCGUGAACAUAAACGAGGUGUUCUGCUCGGUACCGGGCCGCCUGUCCCUACUCAGCUCCACCUCCAAGUACAAAGUGACCGUAGGAGAGGUGCAGAGGAGACUGUCCCCACCCGAGUGCCUCAACGCCUCCCUGUUGGGGGGCGUGUUGAGAAGAGCAAAGUCCAAAAAUGGAGGGAAGUGUCUGCGAGAAAAGCUGGAGAAGAUUGGACUGAAUUUACCUGCUGGAAGACGCAAGGCUGCCAAUGUCACAUUAUUAACAUCUCUAGUAGAAGGUGAAGCGGUGCACCUGGCCCGGGAUUUCGGUUACAUCUGUGAGACGGAGUUCCCCACCAAAGCCGUGAGCGAGUACCUCAACCGGCAGCACACGGACCCCAACGAGCUGCACACGCGGAAAAACAUGCUUCUGGCGACAAAACAGCUGUGUAAGGAGUUCACAGACCUGCUGGCCCAGGACCGGACUCCCCUGGGCAACUCCCGGCCCAGCCCCAUCCUGGAGCCCGGCAUCCAGAGCUGCCUGUCCCACUUCUCCUUCAUCACACACGGUUUCGGCUCACCUGCCCUCUGCGCCGCGCUCACCACCCUCCAGAACUACCUCAACGAGGCUCUCAAAGGACUCGACAAGAUGUUUCUCAACAACCCGCCCAACAACAGGCACGGAGACAACAGCGGCAAGGCCGGCGACAAAGAGGAGAAGCAGAGGAAAUGAAGCAGGGGGGAUGAAGAGGCGUUACUUCUAGCUUUACACCACUGCCACUGACCUGCCACACACAGGGCCGAGGAGGAAGAGGAGGAGGAAGACACCCGUGGGCCAGUGUCAGAGAGCACAGAGGGAUUUUUCAUCUGUGUUACGUUCUUUUCAUUCCCCUGAGGACAUGGUUACUGUGUUACAUCAAUUUCGCUCCCCCCUGCCUGCAUCCUGUGAAAGUGAGACUCUGUGAGCGGCCAGCAAAUGACAUUGUGUCUGAGAGUGCCUGUGUGACUGUGUGCUUGUGUUUCUCCUCACGGGACUGUAUAAAAAAAGAUGGAUGACGUAACAUUUACCCAAAAGUGAAGUCAAAACAUCUGGCUGCAGUCUAGGUCUUAAGGCCUGCCUCCUCCAUGUUAAGAGUUUGGAGGAGGCGUUUGGAGGAGGAGUUGACAUGGGUCAAACUUUAAAAUCAAAAUACAUGUUGAUGAUUUCAUCUCAAACGUGGUCUCUGUCAGUCGAGGUAGUGAUGAUCAUGCAGAUUUAUGUCCAAGUGUUUGUUUUUAUCUGAGGAGUUUGGUUUCUGUUAAUGAUAAAGAAGGUAUGUGACAUCAUGAUUGACAGGUCUGUUGACAAAUACGGUCCCCCUAAGUGUUUUGUAAUGGGUUAUCAGAGUAGAGGAGGAACAGCAAGAAGAAAUAUACUAAAAAAGCCAAACUUACCACAACUCUGGGUAUCUGAAACUUUGUUGAUCUGAGGGGUCUUUGCCUGUGUGUCAAUAAGUAAAUGCUAGCCUCCGCUGAAUAGAUUCUGGCUCCAAAUGCCAUCACCAGCCAUCCACAGUCCACUACCCCAAGUUUCACAAAAUGUUCUGCCUGGACUUCUGUCCUGAGGGAACUCUGCUGGUUUGUGGGCGUGCUAAAUGUGUGUUUUUGGUGGCGGGAAAGGCAGAGAUGUCAAUACUGCAACACCACAAGGCUUCAGUCCAAACCCUGGCUCUAAACGAUGUCACCAGUCAUUCACAGUCUCUAAGAGUCAAUGUCUGGACUAACAGGAAGCUUUUCUGCAGUAGACUUUGCCAGUUUGCUUGUUUGUUUGUAAGUCAAGUGUGUGUUUUUUUGUGAAUGAGGAGGCGGGACGUCAAUACUGUGGCUCCAUCAUCUACAACAGAGACUCUGGCUCCAAAAUAACGAAGCUGCCGCAAGAUGCCCGUGCCCACCUGGGAAUAUUUUGGCUCCACUUUUGUACUGCAGCGUUAGAGAGGUGUCGUCCAUCUUGUAAUACAGUCAACGGUCCUCACACAGAAAAGCAUUGUGGGUUUGACUUUUGGGUGAUGAGUGUUAUAUCAGUAAAACAGGUUUGUCUGGUGAGUUAUCACAAAAAGGAAGCUGGAGGGUGUUAAUUUAUGUGUGUAAAUAUUUAUUUAUAUUAAUUUAAAUGGAUGGUUGUGUAAAUAGGUGCAGCAGCUACUUUUGGAGGAGUAGGCCUAUUUAUCUGUGAUUCGACCAGUGGGUGGGGGGAGGGCAGGACUCAUCCAGUGUUUUUCUGUUCUUAUAGAGCUGUUGUCAUGUUGAUGAUGAAGAUGAUGAUGAUGAUGAUGAUGGGUAGACAUGCUUCUAAUUGUCCAGUGAUUUCAUUUCUAUCACAUUGAUAAUAAACCAUGUGUUUUAUUAUGA